AUGUCAUAUAAGCUGGGAAUCACUUCCAUGUCGCUGGGCCGCGCCACAGCUGGCCACUCCCUGACACACAAACUCAACAUGGCCCAGAAAUACGGCUAUAACGGAGUUGAGCUGUUCUACGAAGACCUGAUCGAAGAGGCAGCCACCCGCUUCGGGUCUGGCGCACCCCCUUCCAAGGAAGCUCAACUGGAGACCGCUCGACACAUUCGGGCUCUCUGUGCAGAGCGUAAUCUGUUCAUUAUCUGCUUGCAGCCUUUCGCUCACUACGAGGGCCUUGUGGACAGAAAAGCACACGACGAGGCGAUUGAGAAGUUAUACUUCUGGAUCGACCUUGCUCACGAGCUCGGCACGGACAUGAUUCAAGUCCCAUCAUCAUUUCUCCCCGCAGAGCAGGUGUCCGAAGACAUGAACCUCAUUGUCUCCGACUUGCAGAAGAUCGCAGACAUCGGGGCGGCGGCCUCCCCCCCUAUCCGAUAUGUAUACGAGUCCCUUUGCUGGGGAACUCGCUCGGAUCUGUGGGAGACUUCGUGGGAGAUUGUGAAGAAGAUCGACAGGGACAACUUUGGCCUGUGCCUUGACAGCUUCAACAUCGCAGGCAGAAUAUAUGCCGACCCCUGCGCAGUCUCAGGAAAAUGCGAGAACGCCGAAGAGGUCGUCCGCCAGUCCAUGGAGAGACUGGUAAGGGAGCUGAAGCCAUACAUCCACAAGGUGUUCUACGUCCAGAUCGUCGACGCCGAGAGGCUCUCUGCGCCACUUGUCCAGGGCCACGCUUUCUACGAUGCCCAGCAGCCCUCUCGUAUGAGCUGGAGCCGCAACUGCCGUCUCUUCUAUGGCGAGGCAGAGUAUGGUGCCUAUCUGCCCGUCCGAGAGAUCUCUGACACAAUCUUCAACAAGUUGAACUUCAAGGGCUGGGUCAGCCUGGAGCUAUUCAACCGCCGCAUGGCGGACACUGGCAAGGACGUCCCCGAGGAGCUGGCUCGCCGGGGUGCCGUUUCCUGGGCCAAAUUGAUCAAGGACAUGAAGCUGAACAUGGACGAACCCACCCCUGCGCCAUACGCGUCCGUAGUGUCAUAUUCCCAGUCCCUGGAGACUGCGCAGAAGGCGGUGUCGGCUUGGGUCCAUGGAUUCAGGUCCAAGGUGGUUGACUUUGACAUGAGGCAGACGGAGAUCAAGGAUCAAUCUUGGUCCUUGAGACCGAUGAAGACUCAACAUGUGAAAGUGAAGCUGGGAAACGCGAGGCUGAGCCAUUCAGCCGAGAAUACAAGGCUGGGGUUCCUAGGAAACGAACACGAAUUUGCGCCCCACCAAUCAGCAAGAUUUAUUGGCAAGAACUGGAGCGAGAAGGUCCCUGGAAAGCUGUGA